UCUACUCUGGGUGAGUCUGCUCCUUCGUUUACAACAGUAAAAUAUUGGGUAGCAGAGUUUAAACAAGACCGUACGAGCUGCCAAGACGAGCAUCGCAGUGGUCUACCAAAUGAGGUGACGACUCCAGAAAUGGUGAAGAAAAUCCACAAAGCGGUAUUGGAUGAUCGUCGACUGAAAGUGCGCGAGCUAGCAGACAUAGUAGGCAUUUCAAAAAGUGCGGUACAUCGCAUAUUAUCUGAAAAUUUGGACAUAAGAAAGCUGUGUGCAAGAUGGGUGCCGCGUUUGCUCACACUCGAGCAAAAACAGUGUCGUGAAAAUGUUUCAAUUGAGUGUUUAGCGAAGUUUCACAGCAACAAAGCAGAAUUUUUGCGCCGUUUCAUAACCAUGGAUGAAACAUGGGUCCAUCACUUCACACCCGAUACAAAAGAACAAUCAAAACAAUGGACUCAAAAGGGAGAAUCGGCUCCAAAGAAGGCGAAGACCGUUUCAUCUGCAGGCAAGGUCAUGGCGUCGGUGAAUGUGAUGGUCAAUUUAGAGCAGCUGCAGGAUUGUGGCGAGAACGAUACCCAGAUCGCGCUCCUCAUUCGUACAAAGUUUUUUCUCGCUUAG